GGUUAAGACACACACAUUAUCAGAGAUGCUGCUGCUCACAGACAUUGUGUUACUCGUCUCAUUUGCUGGCCUUGGAAAACCUGUGUGUCGACCAUAUGGAGCUGAAGAAUUCUCACAGUUUUCAAGAGAAGGCAAUGUCACAAUUGGAGGCAUUUUUUCAUUUCAUCACAUUCCAGUAAGUGUAGAUCCAACACUUCAAGUCAACCCUGGAAGUAUUCAAUGUCAUGGGCUUGAUCAAGGAGAACUGCAGUUUGCUCAAACUAUGAUCUUUGCCAUAGAAGAGAUAAAUAACAGCUCUGAGAUUCUCCCAGGAAUUUCUUUGGGCUACAAGAUAUUUGACUCCUGUCCAAGUGUUCCUCUCUCUGUAAGGGCAUCCUUGGCUCUAAUGAACGAGUAUGAGGAAGGCACAAAGGCCUGCCUCAAACCUUCAACAGUCCAUGCAGUAAUUGGAGAGACAUACUCCACUUCAACCAUCGGGAUCGCAAGAACAGUGGGACCAUUCCACAUACCUGUGCUCAGUCAUUCAGCCACAUGUGCAUGUCUCAGUAACAGACAGGAGUACCCAAAUUUCUUCAGGACCAUUCCUAGUGACUACUAUCAAAGCAGAGCUCUGGCAAAGCUGGUCAAGCACUUUGGCUGGACCUGGGUUGGUGCCAUCAGAACAAACGAUGACUAUGGCAACAACGGAAUGGCUACAUUUUUAAAAGCAGCCAAGGAUGAGGGGAUCUGCAUAGAGUACUCAGUGCCCAUCUACAGAACUGAUUCUAGACAAAAAUAUCUUGAGAUUGUGGAGGUCAUUAAAAAAUCAUCUUCUAAAGCGAUUGUUGCUUUCAUAGACGGUAAUGAUUUAGAGAAACUUAUCAAAGAACUAUUCCUGCAGAAUGUGACAGGUUUUCAGUGGGUGGGCAGUGAAGGCUGGAUUACAUCCGGGUACAUUGCCUCCCAGGUGAACUACGCAGUUGUGGGAGGGGCCAUUGGCUUUGCUGUCCCUAACAUCCAAAUACCAGGACUGAAGGAGUUUAUCAUGAGCACCCGCCCAUCGACCAGGCCUGGGAACAUGGGCUUGGUAGAGCUCUGGGAGAGUAUUUUCAGCUGCAUUCUAAUACCUCGCAAAGGUGACAACAUGAAAACUUGCACAGGAUCAGAGUCUUUGUAUGGAACACACAGCCGCUACACAGAUGUAUCAGACACCAGCUUGCUGAACAAUGUAUAUAAGGCUGUGUAUGCUGUGGCCCAUUCGCUGCACAAUCUCAUCAUGUGCAAAGACGGACAUGGACCUUUCACAAACAAAACCUGCGCAGACAAAACCAGAAUAGAAACUUGGCAGGUGCUUCAUUAUUUGACCCAGGUAAACUUCACCACUAAACAUGGUGAGAGGAUUCACUUUGAUAAACAGGGGGACCCUGCAGCAAGAUACUCAUUGGUAAACUGGCAGCUGAAUUCCCAUGGUGCUGUUGUGUUUGAGAUCAUAGGGCUAUAUGAUGCAUCUCUGCCAGAGGGGCAGCAGUUUGUGAUGAAGGAUGAUGUUCAAGCUGUCUGGGCAGGCGGUCAGCAAGAGGUGCCGAGGUCAAUCUGCAGUGAGAGCUGCCUUCCUGGGACACGCAGGGCUUUCGUGAAGGGAAAACCUAUCUGCUGCUUUGACUGUAUUCCAUGUGCAGAAGGAGAAUUCAGCAACACCACAAUUGAGUUUUGGCAUAUCUUACUAUAUACCAAUACAGACAUUGUUUCCAAGAGGCACCACUACCAUUUAUUUAAUGUAGACUAAAGUUUGUAUCACUUUAAGCUUUACUUAAGGCAUUAUAAAAUGCAAAAUAAUUAGCAGAAAAAAAUAAUCAAAUAAAAAUAUCCUUAUCUUUUACAGAUGCGCUGACAUGUGCCCCAUGC